AUGCCACAGUGGGGUGGUGGAGCCAAAUGUGCUGCCUGUGAAAAGACAGUCUACCAUGCUGAGGAGAUACAAUGCAACAGCAGAAGUUUCCAUAAAACCUGCUUUAUCUGCAUGAACUGUAGAAAAGCCCUGGACAGCACUACAGUGGCUGCACAUGAAGCUGAGAUCUACUGCAAGGCUUGCUACGGCAAGAAAUAUGGGCCAAAAGGCUAUGGUUAUGGUCAAGGUGCUGGUACCCUUAGCUCUGAGACACUGGAAACUCCUGGCACGCAUCAUGUGGAAGAUCCAGGUCCUCGUCCCUCUGCAAACCCUAGCUCCUCCAAAUUUGCUCACAAAUUUGGUGGUGCCGAAAAGUGCCCACGAUGCAGUAAAUCUGUGUAUGCAGCCGAGAAGGUGAUUGGAGGAGGAAAGGCAUGGCACAAAACCUGCUUCCGCUGUGCACUGUGUGGUAAGAGUUUGGAGUCUACCACGGUCACUGACAAAGAUGGAGAAAUUUACUGCAAAGCUUGUUACGCGAGGAACUUUGGUCCAAAAGGCGUAGGACAUGGGCAGUCUGGUGGAGCCUUACCAAGCACAGAUUGA